CACUUCCAUCGAGAGAUUUUGCUUUCAUUUUUCUGUGAUUUUCUAUUUUCCUCCAAUGGCUAACUCCAAGAAGCAAGCAUGGUUUUUUUAUACCACAGGCUUACCAAGUGACAUCGAAAUCGAAGUUGAUGAUAUAACAUUUCAUCUUCAUAAGUUUCAUCUGAUGUCAAAAAGCAGAAAACUUCACCAACUAAUAACAGAGCAAGAACAGAGAUUAGAACAGAGUAAAGUUUAUCCUCACAUCAAGCUCGAGAAUUUUCCGGGAGGUUCAGAGAUUUUCGAGAUGGUGAUAAAGAUAAGCUACGGUUUCAAAGUCGACAUCUUUGUUUCCACAGCUGUUCCACUACGUUGCGCCGCCGAGUAUCUCGAAAUGACAGAAGAUUACUCACCGGAGAAUCUCAUUUCAAAAACAGAGAGGUUUCUUUCACAGUUUGUCUUCACUAACGUACGAGAAUCCAUUAAAGCGUUGAAAGCUUGCGAAUCAGUCUCGUCUUUAGCUGAAUCUCUCGGUGUAACGGAACAGUGUAUAGACUCCAUCGUCUCCAAAGCUUCCUUAACCGAUCCGUCGUCGUUUUACGGUUGGCCAAUGAACAAUGGAGGUAUCUUCGCCGUCGAUCGGAAGAAACAGAGCAAAGAUUCGAAAACAGAGCUUUGGUUUGAAGAUUUAACGGAUUUGAGUUUUCCGAUCUUCAGACGUGUGAUCUUAACCAUGAAAUCGAGAGAUCUAAAUCCUGAGAUUGUAGAGAGAUCUCUAAUUUCUUACGCGAAGAAACACAUUCAUAGAAUUACGCGUUCAUCGUCACCAUCUUCAUCUUCUUCCACUAUAGCUUCCGAGAAUCAACAAAGAGAAUUACUAGAGACAAUAACCUCAGAUCUUCUUCCGUUAAACAACUUCUCCAUAACCGAAACAACAACGAGAUCUCUCUUCGGAUUAUUACGAUCAGCGAUCAUCCUCAACACCUCAGAGAAUUGCAGGAAGUUUCUGGAGAAGAAAAUUGGUUCGAAUCUUGAGAAAGCUACGCUUGAUGAUCUUCUAAUUCCAAGUUACUCGUAUCUCAACGAAACGUUAUACGAUGUUGAUUUGGUGGAGAGACUCUUACGCCGUUUUCUUGAAAACGCCGCCGUGUCGUCUUCGUCAUUGACGGUGGUUGGGAGACUUAUCGACGGAGUUCUCGGUGAAAUUGCAUCGGACGCUAAUCUUAAACCGGAAAAGUUUUAUUAUCUGGCGGUUUUGCUUCCGGCUCAAGCACGGGUUUACGAUGAUGGACUUUACAGAGCCGUCGAUAUAUAUUUCAAGACGCAUACAUGGAUAUCGGAGGCAGACAAGGAGAAGAUAUGUAGUGUAAUGGAUUGCCGAAAACUAACUGUUGAAGGAUGCAUACACGCGGCACAAAACGAGCGUUUACCACUACGAGCCGUCGUACAAGUUCUGUUUUUGGAGCAAUUACAGCUCCGGCAAGUAAUCACCGGGACGUUACUGACGGAGGAAGACGGUGAUGAAACCGUGGUGGACUUGGGGAGAUGGAAGGAUACGGUGAAGGAGAAUCAGGUGCUUCGUUUGGAUCUGGAUUCGAUGAGGACACGAGUGAACCAGCUAGAGAAAGAAUGCUUGUACUUGAAGAAAGUGAUCGUUAAGAUCGACAAAGAAAGUUUGAAGGGGAACGAUUGGCAGAUCGAGUAAGUGGUCAAUCGGUAAGAAGUUCGGAUGUAAAUUUACGACUCAGGUUUGUGAUUCGCACGAGGCAACGAUGGUCGAUGGAAGAUCACGACGUUUUCUUAGCUAGUACACAAAUCAAAAUCAUCUUGUGCUUCUUGAUUUUUUUCUUUCUUCUAUAUAUAUCUUAAGAAAUGAUUAAUUCUUUAGAUCGAAUGAAACUGUAAACGCAUGACUUGUUCACAAUACUUUAUACUGUUUACACCAUGUAUGGGUUAGCUAUUCAUAAAGUAUAAUGACUUGCAAAUUAUGAAUGUAAAUUUGUAAGAUGUU